AUGCCCUACCACGCUACCUCUUCACGCCGCCCCCACACAUCUCCCUCAUCCUCUUCGCCCACAAAGUUCAUGAAAGUAUUUUCUUCGAUCAAGAAAAAGGCCGUAGCGCUGGUGUCGCCAUCUCCCUCACCCUCUUUUCCUAUCGCACCACCCGUUUCCCAUCGCUAUAAUUUGGAUCACGCAUCGAAGGGCUACCGUCCGGGCUCUUCUCUUCAUCGCAAACGCUCUCCUCCUUACAUUCCCCCUAAUGCGGAAUCAAUGAGGAAACACGGAUUGGCUAAUUUCCCUAGGCCUCCUCGCUUCCCCCCAGCUCUCGGACACACGCCAUCUUCUUCGACAUCCUCCGCAUCUUCCUUCGCCACAGCAUCGUCAAGCAUCUCGCCGUCGCCUUCCACUUCUACGACACUAGUUUCGUCGAAGCGUAGAUACAGGAAACAGCCACCUGGGCUAGAUGUGGACUUGUGUCUAGUGUCAGACAUCCACCGUCCCUUGUCUCCGGAGCAGCAGCAAAUAGCCCAUCUUCAGGAUCAAAUAACUGCGCUCCAGCGAGCGUUAUCUCCUCCCCCUCACCAUACGAUCGCUGCCAUACCUGAAGAGCAAUCUGGCACGGAUUCGGAUUCGAUGUGCUCGGCAGACUACACCCUUCUGCCUACUCAUCGGCGCUCCACGCAGUCAGCAUACAUCAAGGGGCUUGUCGAGCCGGCUAGACGUUCUUCAGUAAUUUUAGCCUUGAAUUCGUCGAGUCGGCCAUCGUCCUCGGAUUCCAACAAGAGUUCGCGUUCUCGAGGCAAAUCGACGAUACUCGGCGAGAAGAGAAGCGACCCGGUUAUGGAGGAGCGCGAAGUAUAUGACCCAUUUGCGAAGGAUACGGUAGAGAUCGUCCACGCCCUUCCUACCUUCUGCACCAGUGUUUCUGCCAGAGGCAAUCGUUCCCGCCCUUCAUCAGGCGCUUUCACGAUAUCCAACGUCUCGAACACCGCUCGUGAUCUCUUACUCUCGCCCAUCACUGAGAUAUCCGUCAUUCCUCUUCCCGACGGCGAUUCGUCGUCGUCGUCCUCUUCCUCCCCUAUUUCUUUACCCUCGUCGAAGUCAACCAAGCGCAACAGCGUCGUCAGCUUAGGACAAUCCACCAUCCCACCCCCUUCGUUCCCUCUUCCCAUGCUUCCAUCCAUGGCGCCGACUUCAUCGCCAUUGAUGUCGUCCUAUUCUACUUUCUUACCGCCAAAUGAUGAUGAGCCUGUCGUACAUGACGAGAGCAAAGGAGAUGAAUGGACGCUCGACCUCGGUGCUCUGAAUCGGCCUGUAAAUAUGCAUGGCUCUCCCAAAGACAAGGAGGCUAAGUCAGUUGUAGAAGGAGCGGAAGAAGCAGUGGACUGGACUUUGCACAUCCCUACGCCUACGUACUCGUACUCUCCACCCACACACAGAAGGAAGGAGUCGUAUUUGGAUAUGACCGACCCAGAGCAGUGGCCUUCGCCCCCCGCGUCGCCACCGCCGUCGAUUCGAGCCCCCAGCGUUCGAAGCGUUCGUAGCCGAAGCAAAAGCAGGACCAGGGUCAACGGUGAUGGUUGGUCGUAUGACAGCCCGCGAGCGGCAGCUCCCCCUCUACCGUCACUCUCACCUUCCUUUGUGUCCCUACCACGCUCCACCCCACCCCCUUCUUCCUUCUCCACGAAGUCGACUCUGACUCGCUCUGGGUCUCGUAGCAGUCGCACAUCUUCUCAAUCGAUCACUUCGGCUCCUCCCGCCGUUGGAAAACGUGCCAGCCGAAUUCUCAGUAUAUACACGCGCAAGAAUAACGACGCCAAUGAGAGCGGAUGGUUUUGA